ACCCGAUGCCAUUGAUAACGUUUACUGGGUUCCCAUGUUCUGGGAAGAGCACCUGGGCCACCAAGCUCAUAGAGGCGUUGGAGCAGAAAAUUGAGCACGCAAAAGUCGAUAAUGGGCCUGGCCACAACUACAACAUCAAGUACCACACGGACGAUAGUUUGGGAAUAGCGAGAAAAUCAUACCGUGAAAGCGUAUCUGAAAGGCAGGCUAGAGGAAACCAGAUUUCGGCUGUUAGAAGAGACUUAUCGCGGUCAACGUUUGUGAUCCUUGAUUCAUUGGCGUACAUCAAGGGGUUCCGGUAUCAACUUUUCUGUGAGGCCAAGGGAGUUUCCACUCCCCAUUGCGUGGUCCACGUUAUAAACUCCAAAGAAACCGUCAAAAACUGGAAUAGUUCCGUCACAAAUGAGUCCCACAUAUGGGAAGAGGAUCUUAUUGAUCAGCUCUGUAUGCGUUAUGAGGAGCCAAUCGACUCCAACCGUUGGGACAGUCCUCUUUUCACCAUUGCUGCUAGUGAAGAAGACGAGCAGCUCCCCAUUGACGAAAUCUGGGAUACUCUUGUUCUCAAAAGACCUCCUCCUCCUAACAAUGCCACGUUGGUUAAGCCCACAUCAGGCAACAACUUCAUGCAAGAAUUGGAGAAACAAACCCUGGAAGUCAUUGGCAAGAUCCUUCAACAUCAACAGUUGAGCACCAUAGGAGGCAAGGUGAUAAUAGACAGAGAUAAUGGGGUGGUGAUCGAGAUGCCUGCCACCACCGUCAGCAUCGCACAGCUACAGAGAAUAAGACGUACAUAUAUCGGGUUGAACCGAAUGAGGAGCGUGGCCAGUGACCGUAUCACUCCUAUGUUCUCAGACUAUGUUAAUAGAAACUUGAACAGCGAUGACUAGAAUUAAUGCAUUUAUUACUAUGG